ACAGUGUAUGUUUAGGAUUAGGAGAAAAGUGGAACGAAAAUGGUGAAUACUAUUAAUGCGUGUUACAUUAUUUACAACAUAAUAAAAAUUAUGUAUAGUGGAUGGAGCGAAUAGUAGUAUUUACUCACACCUAAUUACUACUUAAGUUCGUAAGAUGCAGGAUUGUAAGUUCUAUAUAAGAAGCACAAAUACUGACUUUGUAGAAAAGCAGCGAAACAUAUUAAACUUAAUAAACGUAUUUGAUAAGGAGAAACAUGAAAAGGAAAAGGAAGAUCCUGACAGGAGUUGUGCGGAGUCUAUGGAAGUCGACAGCACAUGUGAAAGAGUGUCACUAAAGAGGAAAAGAUCAGAAACGAAACAUUUCAGAGGUAAAGAGAGUAUUUUUAAGAAGCCAAUCGACUUCCCUCCUCGUUUUCGUGUUAGAGAUAUACCAGAUCAUCAGAGAAAUCCGCACAAAUGGGUGAAGUAUACUCUCGGGGAUGUGUCGCCAGACGAUAUGACAAAUCAGUCUAAUACAGCUGCUGCUCUGUCAUUUCUUCGAGAGUUGGAAGAAAGGAAACAGAAACAAACUCCAGAAGGUAACAAGGAGGAAGUCAGACGAAUCAUUUUCAAACCUUCACAUCAGGUCGCAAAGAAAGCAAGUGAACAACUGGUUGAAGAAACUUCGAAUGCAAGUAGAACGGAGAGUUUAAAGACUUCAGUUUUCAGGAGCUCCAAACUCGUGAUGCCAGAAUACGUUGUUGGGAUGGAAAAGAAAACUAGGCCAAAAAAGAUCAAAAAAGACAGUUCUCAAUCGACUCUAUGAAAAGUGUCACUUAAUCACUUGUAUGAAAAUGAAGAUGAAUGAACAGAACAUAACGUGUAAUUCCUUGUGCAUGAAUUACGCAUUCAGAUUGUGUGUGUGUGUGUGUG